ACGAAUAUUCCAAGUCUUAAUGAGUAUGGUGAUGAAACCAUGUGGCUGGCUGCUCCAUUUUUUGCAACCCCAAAAGAGACUCUUCAAAUUUCAAUUCUCACACGCAAAGAAAGGAGAAGAAUUCACAAGACCCGACUUCAGAGGAUCCCUCGUUGUUGUUUGUCCACUUCCUCUGUGUACCCAUAUCCACUUUGAAAUCUGAAUCUCCAAGGGAAGGGAAUUUAUUUGAAGCUCAAGAAAUCAUUUAGAUAGAGGAAAAAUGGAUAAGAUGACGGAUACAACCAUGGCAACCUCUGCAACAACGACAACGGGGUCUUUCGGGUCAUCUUCAAUUUUCACUAAUUAUCCCCUUAUGUCUGCUCUCAUUGGCUUUGCUCUCGCCCAAUCCACCAAGCUCUUCACUUCAUGGUACAAGGAAAGACGAUGGGAUCUUAAGCAACUUGUUGGAUCUGGUGGAAUGCCAUCAUCCCAUUCAGCAACCGUAACUGCUCUAGCUGUGGCUGUUGGUUUGCAGGAGGGCUUUGGGGGAGCGCUCUUUGCUUGUGCAUUAGUUUUAGCGUGUGUGGUCAUGUAUGAUGCCACGGGUGUAAGAUUACAUGCUGGACGUCAAGCAGAGGUCCUGAAUCAAAUUUUAUGUGAACUUCCUUCUGAACAUCCUCUUGCAGAUAGCAGACCAUUACGAGAACUCCUUGGUCACACUCCUCCUCAGGUAUGUUCUUGGCAUUUUUAGUUUUGUUGGUGGUGUUAGUGGUGUUGUUUGAUACAAGCCAAAUUGCCUCUAGAUCUUUGAAUGAGAUACGUAUGAUGCUCGAGAUGCUUGAUGACUCUUUAGUGCUAUUAAAAGAAACCACACGGAUGAAAAUUUCCAUUAAGGAGGGUCAAAGGACUUUGACGAGGUCGAAGGAGUGCAAAACGGAGCUCGAAAGCCCAUUAGAAGGGUCAUGCGCCCAGAGCGCUUUGGAUCCAUUUUUUAUCCUCUCUAACAUUUCAAGAGCAGGUAAAAAACAGCCCCUAGUGGGUCUUUUCUUACAUUUGAGUCACUUUUGGGCCCUAAUUAUGUAAUAUUUAGCCAAACCAUAAAUACUUGGUAGCUAGGCUUAUUUUAGUUAGUUUUUGUUGAUUGAUAAUGAUGAAUUCAUAAACCUCCAUUAGGAGUGUUUUGAGAGCUUGGAAAAGCAAAUGUUGAUCUUUGAUUAGAAACAUUGGUUGUAAGGGAGAUUCAAUCACCUUUGCGGUCAGGUAAGAGUUAGAUGCUAUUUAGUAAUCUUUAAGAGAGGUUUUUAGGUUUGAUACACCCUUUGAUCGCCCUUUUGUUAUCAUAUUUGUGUCUAACUUUCUGU